CUAAAAUCUCAAAAAACGAAACUAAUCCCAAUCGAAAACGAAGAACUUCUGCGUUUUCACCUUGGCACCUUCUCACCUUCUCAGUUUCUGUGGCUUUGGAACCCUAGGUUCUUGCCCCCUUUCUUCUUCUCCAUCUGGACGUCCCAUUCGAGCGGUGAGUUCCCAAUCGAGUGGCGUCUCCGUUCCCAAAGGGUAUUACUGCCCCCCCAAUCAAGAGCUGAUUCUUCAGAUUUGUCCCCGUAUUGUAGGAGAAAACUGAGAGCUGAUUCUUCAGAUUGGCAUCCAAACAAGGAAUCAGCAGACAAAUGGAUGGACCAAGUGGGAAAGGAGGCAGUAGUGUGGAUAUCUACUUGCCGAACUAUAAACUUGGUAAAACUCUUGGAAUUGGUUCAUUUGGCAAGGUAAAAAUCGCAGAGCAUGCAUUGACGGGCCACAAAGUUGCGAUCAAAAUCCUUAAUCGUCGAAAGAUAAAAAACAUGGAAAUGGAAGAAAAAGUGAGACGAGAAAUAAAAAUAUUGAAACUAUUCAUGCAUCCUCAUAUCAUACGACUUUAUGAAGUUAUAGAGACACCGACAGAUAUUUAUGUUGUGAUGGAGUAUGUAAAGUCAGGGGAGCUGUUUGAUUACAUUGUAGAGAAGGGAAGGUUGCAAGAGGAUGAAGCUCGCAAUUUUUUUCAGCAGAUAAUUUCUGGUGUGGAGUACUGCCACAGAAAUAUGGUGGUUCAUCGAGAUCUUAAGCCAGAGAAUCUGCUUUUGGAUUCCAAAUGCAAUGUUAAGAUUGCCGAUUUUGGCUUGAGCAAUGUCAUGCGGGAUGGUCACUUCCUGAAAACAAGCUGUGGAAGUCCAAACUAUGCUGCCCCUGAGGUUAUUUCUGGGAAACUAUACGCUGGGCCUGAGGUUGAUGUUUGGAGCUGUGGUGUAAUCUUGUAUGCCCUUCUUUGUGGUACCCUUCCUUUUGAUGAUGAAAACAUUCCUAACCUAUUCAAGAAAAUAAAGGGUGGAAUAUAUACUCUUCCAAGUCAUUUAUCGGCUGGAGCAAGGGAUUUGAUCCCUAGAAUGCUUGUAGUAGACCCAAUGAAGCGAAUGACUAUUCCUGAAAUCCGUCAGCAUCAAUGGUUCCAAGCUCAUCUUCCCCGCUAUUUAGCUGUGCCUCCACCUGAUUCAAUGCAACAGGCGAAAAAGAUUGAUGAAGAUAUUCUUCAGGAAGUAGUGAAGAUGGGAUUUGACAGGAACCAACUGGUUGAGUCUCUUCGCAACAGAAAAACAAAUGAUGGUACUGUUGCAUAUUAUCUGUUGUUGGACAACAGGUUCCGGGUUUCUAGUGGCUAUCUUGGAGCUGAGUUUCAGGAGUCAAUGGAAUGCAAUUUCACACGUAUGCAUCCAGGUGAAGCUGCAUCUUCAGCCAUUGGGCAUCGUCUGCCGGGAUAUGUGGAGCAUCAGGGAAUUGGCUUAAGAACCCAGUUCCCUGUUGAGAGGAAAUGGGCUCUGGGACUUCAGUCUCGAGCUCAUCCUCGUGAGAUAAUGACUGAGGUUCUGAAAGCUCUUCAAGCACUGGAGGUGUGUUGGAAAAAGAUUGGCCACUACAACAUGAAGUGCAAAUAUCCUCGCUAUCCGGGCAGUUCUGAAGGCAUGGUCAACAGUGCAGUGCAUGGUAACCAUUACUUUGAGGAUGAAUCUGCUAUUGUGGAGAAUGAUGGGGUUAUUAGGCAAACAAAUGUAGUCAAGUUUGAGUUGCAGCUCUACAAGACUCGUGAGGAGAAGUAUCUGCUUGAUCUGCAAAGGGUGAACGGGCCUCAGUUCCUGUUCCUGGAUCUCUGUGCUGCUUUCCUUGCUCAGCUUCGGGUCCUCUGAUGGUUAGGGUCAUAUAGAUUAGAUAUUUACCCAGGAAGGUCGUAUGAUGCUUGUGAAUAAUGACGAACACUGUAUAUUCUGACUUGUUAGAUUUAUAUUUUCAUCAGCUAUUGUCUAGUUCCUAGGCAUGCUUUGAUUGCCUAUUUCUCAACUUUGUUAACUAUGGUCUUCCCCAAUUGUACCAGCUCUGGGGAACGUCUUUGAAUCAGUAUGGAACCUUGGUAAUAGCUACGAAUGUGACUAUCAAAUAUCGACUAUCGAGAUUCGCAGGGAAGGAUGGUUAAACUGUACAUCAGCUUGAUAUCUUACGUAUGGUUGAGAUUAAUACCGCCGGCUGACAUUGCCACCCUUGAAGGUGCUUAACUGUUUUGUAUUUUUAUUUAUAUUAUUUUAUAUCUAUCUGUUUAAUUUCACAUGGUAA